AUGAAGAUCACUCCAUCGACCCCUGUGCAGAAAUCAUACAGGGUGGAAGCAAGGGGCAGGAAAGGUAGGAAGAGAUGGGUCAAGGUCCCACUGGCUAGCGUGAUGAAACAUGCCAGCAGAGUCAGAACGAUUACCUUAGGCAAUGGCUGCCAAAGCAGGAAUCAUAUCUCCAUCACCUCCUCGAUCAAGAAGCUCCCCCAGCAAAUAGGAGGUGCUCCAUCUGUGAUCAGGAUGGGGUAUACAAAUGUCAAGAUUGUCUUGGGGAGCCUCUGUAUUGCACGGGCUGCUGCAGGAGUCGACAUCGAUGCAAUCCCUUCCACUGGAUCAGUCAGUGGAAUGGGAAAGCAAUGUCCGGUUCUCAUGGAUAAGUGGGAUUUGUUUCAAGAAGAUGAAUCCGAUGAUCACAUCGAACCAGAAGAUUUACCAUCUGUCUCGGGCCCUGAGUUCCAGCCGAAGGACAAUACCAUGGUCAUUGUCAACAGCUUGUUCGCUGCAUCUUUCAACAGGCCGAAGACCUUGUUCACAUUCAGCAUUCUCGAUGAUUUUCUGCUGGACAACCUUGAAUCUUCGGCGAAUGACCUUGAGCACAUUUCCACACCUCAUGCCGGUAGGGGACAGUCUAUACCUUCUAAGGAUGUUUAUACUCACAGGGGACGUGGGCAGGAUCAAUACCGAGAGCUCAUGAGGGUCUCCCAGCAGUGGCGACACUUGAAGAACAUGAAGUGGCAUGGCUUUGGCCAUCAUUCCAACCACUGCGAGCCAGGGGACCUAGCAUUGUUCUGCCCGGCAUGCCCUCAGCCUGGCAUUAAUCUAUCUCUGACGACAGAAGAAUCACUUGAUGAGAUGAGGAUAUUAACAACUUCAAGCUGGAAAUACACCAGGUCGUUCGUAAUGGAUGGGAACUUCAAAGUGGAACACCUGCAUCCUAUCAACCCGGAUGAUGAAGUAUGGCUGUCCGAUGGAUUUGGAUUUAUGGUUGGAAAGGACAGAUUUUCAGAAAGGCGAGAGAUGAACAUGGAUUAUGCCCUAUGCGAGGCUGCAUCAUACAACAUGAAAGGCAUCACCAGGGCUGUCACCUUCUAUGACAUCAACUGUCAAUACAACAAGCUUUGGCAUAUCCAUGGACAUCAGGACAGCUGCUAUGUGAGAUAUGCGUCGAACUUCAUCGAAGGCAUAGGUCGCAUCAAUGGAGAGAUCAUGGAGACCCUGUGGGCCUCCCUCAACCUCAUAUCUCCUUCCACUCAGGGAAUGUCGUCGCCACAUAGAAAAGAAUGUCUAGAUUUUCAGAUGAAUGAUUCCAAUUUUUGCAAGAUGAUUUGCAUGAAAAGGAUGCUUUGCUGGAAAUUCAAAGGGGCAAAGCAUGGCAUCGCCGAAAGUGGGAAGGCAUUUGAUAGACUCGAUGAGGGGGCACCAGAAAGUUCAAAGACUGUGUGGUUGGCGAGUGAAAGGGUCGCGCAGUCGAGCAGAAUACAUGAUCCCGCUGUAAUGGACAUAUAUGAGAUCAAUAUCUGGAAGGCACCAAGCAAGAAGGAGAUUGAGCUGAGAUUACUGGAGGAGAAUGAUGCUUGUCAUGCAUCACCUUCCCGCCGAUCAGUCGCAACAUGGAUAUCAAUGGGAUUGGCGAUCGAAGAAGCUCAGAUCGCAUUGCUCAUCGAGGUCCAGAGACUCGGACAAAGACCUACCGAGACCCAGAGAUUAAACAUCGCCCGUCAACGCGAUUGGGUGCAGGGACAGAUCGAUGGAUUUACUCAGUCCGCUCUCCUGCAUUCUGGAGAUGGAUUCAAUAGUGAUGAAGAUCCGGAGGACUUGAGUUGUGCAAUUCUCGAUGAUCUUGACAAUGGCCCAGAUGAGUUCACCGAGACUCUCAAUACCUACCGAAACACACCCGAGCUCACUGUCAUCCCAUUGCCAUCCAAUGUUGGGCUGGACCGACUCCAACACUGCUUAGCAGAGGAUCUGAUUCCGCUGGAGAUGUCGCUUCAUGAAGGACAGGCCAAUGAUGCCCUUCACAAUCUCCGAAUACACUUGUGCAACAAGGCAGUCCUUUUCCGAACCACCAUUAGGCAGGCGAAGUCGCAAGCUUUGAAGACUCGGGCAUGGUCCCAGGACAAGGAAGCAAAUGAUGAAACUUGGUCUGGGGCAGCACCAGCUUCAGAAAUACCAAACCUCUGCUCCAAGAACAGCUCAAGAUCAGCACUGCAGUCAGUGAUCCAAAUGCCUGAGGUCAGCGGAACGAGUCCCUUGCCUGGUUCUUGUCUCUCGACAUCAAUUUAUCGGGGCCAAGCUCUGAGGGAUCAAUGGAUUGAAGAACUUACGGUGGUGGAACUGGAGAUGGACUGGACAUGCAACUUCUUCUCAUGCAAAGCAGCCCAAUUGGAUGCACAUAUGAGGGAGUCAUCGGACAGCCAGCUUCAGGGUCAUGCCUCCUACGUGGCAAGACAAUCCCGAAUGUACUCAUUGCUUGCACAGGAUGUGCAGGCUGCUUUUCAGGAUCUUACGAUGAUGCCAAUAUAUCCCGAAGAUGAGUGA